AUGGGUGUCAUUAUCGAUAUUGAAACUAUGGAGAUAAAAUACAGACUCGAUACAAAGGUAGCUACUAGGUGCUGUGUUAAAGCUAAUAAUCUAUUGAUCUGUGGUCUUGAUAGCAAAUAUAUAACUGUCUAUAACUCUUCAGCAGAAUAUAGACUAGUUUAAACUAUUUCUGGUCUUGACUUGCCUCCUGCUAGAGCUAUGGAUGUAAAAGAUGAUUUACUUCUUAUCGGAUUUUUUGCUACUUUAUUUCAUAUCUAUAAAGUUAAUGAAGAAUCAAUUCAAGUAUUGCAUAAAGUGAACUCUGCAGAGGUUUAAUUUUCAAGAUUUUUAGAUUCAAAGUAUUUUGUUGUUACUAAUUACGGACAGGGCUUUUAGUGGUACAAUUACAAAAAUAAAAACUAGCAUUUAGCUAUUAGACCGAUGUAAAAAAUAAGCCAAAGAUACUUAAAAAAGACAAAAAUCAAUGAUUUUAUAAAGCUUAGCAAAUAAAAAUAUCUUCUGCUAGAUUGGGACAGGCAAAGAUAUAUCAUUUGGAAUUAAAAAAAGAAAAGCUACAGAAUAGUUUAAAACUAAGACAGAGUAGUCCAGAAAGUGCUUUGUGGUUCAAAAUUGAAAAUCAGAUACCCAGUUUUGCAUUACCGAGAGAACUUGCAAAAGGUUGAUAAUGAGUUAAUUAGCUUUCCUUUCGUUCUUUGCAAAUAGGAAAAGUAUCUAGUCGCCAUUAAUUAUGAGAAUAUGACUUUAAAAAGUGUUGGUAAAAGUUUGACAACAAGUGGAUUGCUAAAUUAGAAAUUGAUUAAGCUCAAAAGAUAAAAUGAGUUUGUUGAAGAUACUUACAAAAUUUAGUUCAUGACAACAAGCUAGGGUCUUUUAAUGUCUGAAGGAGAGUUGGUUAAAAUAGAAUUAGACGUAGAUAAAAUGCUUGAAAUGUUUUGA